AGUAGCUCGAAGCCUACGCUAGGGGGUGGGUGCGUGCUCAUCCGGUAUGCCGCAUUACGGCCCCUCACGAUACAUCCGCGUUACAUUUUAGUGAAGUUUUAUUUUCCUAGGACAUUUUUUCUUUUGGAUUUUACAUAUCUAAGUACACCAAAAAUGUGAGUGCUAAUUGUGAUAAGAGUUUCUAAGAAAAUAAAUGACGUAAUAUAAAAUGUUAGCUUGUGUUUCUCAACCUAUGGAGAAGGUGUUGCUAUUUAAAGAAGGACCACCCAUUGCCAUGGGACCGUUAGAAACCAGCAAAUUACGACAUAAUCACUCAGGCGCCAUGAAAUCCAUCAAACUCUUUCAAAAAUCAGACCGUCAACUCAGUGACGAAACAAAAGAUAGUUCUCCGUCACACACAUCAUCACCGUUACUCAUUAACGUUUCUGGAAGUCGUUUGAACCUAAGGAAAUUAGAAAACGAUAGUAAAGGAAAAUCGACAAAGAUUCUUGUUAACCCGGUUUGCUCAGACAGCGUCGGCAGUAGCGAUGACAGCAAUCGAUCUAAAAAUACAAACACCAAAUGGAACGUUAAGAAGAAACGUCUCAAGACUGAAAGUGUCAAGAUUCACAAAAAAAGCGAACGCAAAAGUGAUAAAGAUGAUCCAAUUAGUAAGGACGAAGCCAAGAAAGAUAAGAAAUCGAUAUCUUGUUUCAAAAUGAAAAGUUCCGAAGAUAAAUCACGUCUGGACGAAGAUCGAAGAUUCGGCAAAGAGAACUGUACAAACGAGAACGCUAGUAAUUUAAUGAGCUCAACGAAGCCCGACAUUAUUAAUCAUUCAAGGAAAAAUAGCAGAGAAAUCCUAGUCAAUGAAAGGACAAUGACAGAGCAGACGCUAUUAAAAACUGACCAAUUGAAGACAGGAAAGACUGAUAGUACUGUAGCAAUUAAGGAAAAUAAGUUGGGAGAAGGGGUGGAGUUGACGUUGGGCGAGCUGCGUGCGAUGGCGCUGCGCCAACAACAGCAGAUAGACACCCAGCACCAGCUGCUCUGCGCUAAGGAGCAGCGGCUGCGGUACCUCAAGCAGCAAGAAGCUAGGCAACAUCAGGUGGCCUUGGAGGGUGAGCGCCUACGGCGGCUACGAGAACGCGUAGAAGCUCAAGAGCAGAAGCUACGACGUCUACGAGCAUUGCGCGGACAGCUCGACAGAAACAAACAAGCUAACAUAGCUCUUACUAGUGACCUGGAGUCAAUACGAGCUCUCUUCAAUGAAAAAGAAAAGGAGUUGUCAUUGGCAGUGGCCAAAGUGGAAGAGCUGACAAGACAGCUAGAAGAACUGAGAAGAGGUAGAGUCCAGCCGGCACCACCUUCCGCACAUGAAUUGGAUAAGUUGAGGCGGGAACUUAUGUACCGGAACAAGCUGAAUGAACAGCAAAACGGCAGACUGUCGGCUCAAAGGGCAGCGCUUGGGGCGCGACAAGAAGAAAUGCGAAGUAUCGAUCGACGAGUUUCCGAGCUUCAGGCGCGAUUGCUGAGGAAGAGAGCGCUCAACCGACAGCUAGCUGCGGCACACCGUCAGCCCCAACCGCCGAGCAGAAUAAAUAAUCCUGCACCUAUGCAGCAGCUUCCUAGCUACUCUGCAGGCAACACAGCGGUGACCGGUCAGUCAAAGAACCAGCAGGCGAGAGGCAAUGUUGCCGCUGUGGAACCUUACAACCACGUCCCACACGCGCAAAGCGUCAGCCAUAAUUCUAACUUUCAGGCCAUGAAGCAGAAUGUUAAACAAAACAAUGUGCCAUUGAAACAGCUCACACAGAGCGAUAACAUUCAAAGCCAUAUCACGCAAGAAGCCCACUUCAUGCAGCAAAAACAAAUGUUAAAUCCCGUGUACAAUGGUUACACACAAACACAAAUGCAAGAGAACCAAUAUCAGAACCAAUAUCCCGUUAAACAUGAAAAUUUUCACGUGCAACAAGGUAUAAGUAAUGUUUACGAGCAAAAACUAGACAAGUAUCAAGAUUAUCUGAAGCCACAGUAUAGUCCAAACAGUACGAGUAGCUCUAACAGCAAUCAGACUGGAAAAGAACUAAAGAUUAACGAACAAGAAUUCUUACCUGAAUUCGCUGCGAGCAAGAAUGACCCCAAAUAUCAAACUUUGCCAUACAACACGAAAUUUCCACAGAGCAACAACAAGAAACAAGAUAUUAAAAACAAUGACAAUAACCAGGACCCUAAAAUUAACGUAAACCACAUGACCGUGCAUUCCACACCCUUGUCAGUUGUAAACAAAAGCCUUGCUACCCCUCUAAGUCAAACUGAAACAUAUCAGCAAGAAAAUACAUAUCAGCUACAAAAAUCAGAUUCUUCAAGUAGAUGUAACCAAGAAGGUAAAGAGAAUCAUGCAUAUCCACCGAAUAGGCUAAGUCAAACCAGUCAAAAUGAUGCGAAAGUUAACGGGAAAACCCAACAGAAUAGCUCUUUGAAAGGUAGCUCUCCCAGUUUGGGUUCCAGCACAGCCAGCAGCUCCAUUGGAUUCGGUAAGCCUGUGUCGAGUGUAGCACCUACAUCAGUGCAAGUGUCGAGCGGCAAACCAUCACCCAUUUACCAAACAUCAUCCACUAAGAUCCAACCUGUCCAGCCACAAACUGUUCAAACGCAGACCAUCACGAAUCACGUAUCUAGUAAUGUGACCUCCCAACCCCAGAUUGUUAGGAACACCGCAUCAGGGUUGUCGACGAGUGCUGGAAGUAACUUCAGCGGUCAGAACGCAUCUUCCCAGAGCAUAUUGCUGUCUCCACCGCAGAGUGCCAGCACACCGCUCUCUACACCCGACGUCAGUACUGACAAAUCGCCUAAGCCAGCUCUACCUCCAAAACCAACAAUUAAGACCCCACCAAGACAAUCGGUGAAUAAUGAAACGAAUUUCAAUCAACCAGAGACCAUGCCCACCAUACCCAUACCAGAAUCGUCCACCGACACUGAUCAAACGUCCAGUCAAAAAGAAUCGAGUAACGGCAGCAACGAUAUGAUAAUAAAAGCCCGCCCGUUGACGAUUCGAAAGCCACCGAUGAGCGAACAACCUAAACUACGAAAUUUAAAUCCCAAAAACGGCAUAAGCGUCAGCAUUAACCGUCGCAUCGAAAUGCCGCCGGCCUUCUUGUUCCCCGAAAUGGAUCACUUGAACAUCGACACCGAAAACGGCCUAAAAGAGAAAACGAAACAGAAAGACGAAGUCGACAGAUCAGUUAGUGACAAAGAAGACAGUAAAGAUAACGUUAUAGUGUCCGAUAUUACAGAACAGAUCAGCUCGGUGGACUUGAACGGGCAAGACUCUUCGGAUAAUGUAUUGAGACGGGUUAAAAAGGGUAAUUUGAAGCAAGGCGGUAAGGCACCGCUGGCCAGACGGGUUAGCUUCGAUCCCCUCGCUCUACUGUUGGAUGCCAGUUUAGAAGGAGAGUUGGAAUUGGUUAAGAAAACGGCAACACAGGUGCAGAAUGCUAGCGCUGCAAACGACGAGGGGAUCACAGCUCUACAUAAUGCCAUAUGUGCUGGGCAUUUUGAAAUCGUCAAAUUCUUGGUAGAGUUGGGUUGUGACGUCAACGCUCAAGAUUCGGACGGUUGGACACCGUUGCAUUGCGCUGCGUCUUGUAACAACCUGGCUAUGGUUCGCUUCCUCGUUGAUAAUGGUGCAUGCAUAUUCGCCACGACGCUAUCUGAUCAUGAGACAGCGGCCGAAAAAUGCGAAGAAGAUGAGGAAGGAUUUGACGGAUGCUCAGAAUAUCUAUACAGCGUUCAAGAAAAACUCGGCAUAAUGAACAGUGGUCUCGUAUAUGCAGUUUUCUCAUACACGGCAGCUCGUAGCGACGAGUUGUCUUUCGAGACUGGAACGAGACUUCAAGUUUUGAGAAAGGGAGAUGACAACGAACGCGAAUGGUGGUGGUGUCGAGAUGAUAACGGACAGGAGGGUUACGUACCUAGAAACUUGCUGGGGUUAUAUCGACGAGUAACCCCACAGCAAGAAUAAAAUUAACUCACAUUUAUGACCUGAUUAUCUUGUAAAUACAACUAAGUAGGCUUUUUAAUUAUUAUUUUUUUGUAUUUAUAUCAACUGUAGCCUAAAUAUCCAAUAUUGUAUACAAUUUUAUGAGAUCUAAUAUUUUGUAAAUAUUUAACUGUUUUAGUUCAAAAAUGAGAUUAUAAUAUUGUACAUUUUAUAAAUAUUGUGAGUCAUCAUUGAUAUUGGUCAUAUAAUUUGUAUAUUGUAAUUAGAUGUCUGCGAAUGUUGUGAAAUAAUACACAUAAACUGACAAUACAAAUAAAUCAUGAAGAAUUAAA